AUGUAUUGGUGUGCAAUAAUUCUAGCCGCGGCACCUGCCGUCUUUUGCUCAGGCUUCGCUAAAGGGGCUGGCCAGCCUCUCCAGGCUGCUGUACCAAUUCCAAGCUCCUGCCCUGGCGUUACAGCUACGUCGAGCUACAGCCUCACCGCCGCUGAGGGAUGGAGGUACACGCUGCUGGCCACGGGCCUGUCAAAACCGCGUACCGUCCUAUUUGACACGGAGGGGCAUCUGCUCGUACUCGAAGCCGGCAAGGGACUCACGGCACACACAAUCGGCGCCGACGGCUGCAUCACCGCGAGCAAGACGGUGAUCGAGAAUGUCCAGCUAAACCACGGGCUCGCGCUGAGCCCGGACGGCAAAACGGCGUACGUCAGCGCCAUGCCAACGGCGUGGUCGUACAGUUAUGACGCAACAACCAUGACGGCGACGGGCCAGACGGUUGUUGUCAGGGGCAUGAACCCUAGAGGUCAUAAAGCGCGGACGCUUGCUGUUCCGCCAAAUAAUCCGAACUUGCUGAUUGUGUCCCUUGGGUCCGAAGGCAAUAUUGACGGGCCGGCAAUCAUGAAGGAGACUAGUCGAGCCAUCGUCAAGGUGUUUGACCUGUCAAAGACGCCGUCUGGCGGGUACACUUACAACACUCAGGGAUGGUAUCUCGGCUACGGCCUGCGGAAUGAGGUUGGCAUCAUAUUCGACGGCAAUAACAUGGUUUGGGGAGUCGAGAACAGCGGAGACCAGCUUACCCGGAACACGGGAGGCACGUCGGUUGACGUGCACAUUGACAAUCCGGCCGAGGAGCUGAAUUAUUUGGGUGACCCGGCCAAGUCCAACGAGCAGUGGUAUGGCUACCCGACGUGCUGGACGGUUGGCAACCCUUCAGGAAUACCCGACAAGUCUUUCAAAGUCGGAGACCAGUUCAUGAUCUCGCCCAACUCGACAUUUAAUGACGCAGCGUGCGCCGAGCGGUCGAUACCGCCGAGGCUGACAAUGCAGGCGCACAGCGCACCUAUUGACGGCAAGUUUAACGAGGACUUCACCAACCUGUACGUGUCGCUGCAUGGGUCGUGGAAUCGCCAGCCCGCAGCGGGCUACAAGAUCAUCCAGAUUCCGUUCCGCAAGCUUGACAACAGCAGCUAUGAGCCCGUAGCGUCUGCGGACAAUCCCAAGGGGUAUUCGGAUAUCCUGUGGACGCAGAACGAGGGCUCUUGCUCGUCAAGUACCUGCCUGCGGCCGACAGGUAUCACUUGGCAUCCGGACCACUCGAGGAUGUAUGUGGCGAGUGACGGGCCUGUUGGGGAGAUUUAUAUCCUGUACAAGACAAGUUAG